ACCAAAAUUGUGUAAUCCAUCGUGUGACCGUAAUGCCCGUCUGCCCCCUGCCCUCAAUUCCGUCGAUCUCCCCACCAUCAACCACCGUCUUCCGGUCUCCAUUCAUGGCGGCCCACCACCACUGCGAUUCUAUGGAUAACUAUCCGGUGCCACUGUCCCCACCAUUGCCGCUCAUAUCGAAAGACAUAGAGCUGAACAGAGCCAUGUCUGCUUCUUCUAAAUCGAGCCUCUUUUCUCUGUCUAGAAGUGAUGUGCUUCACGAAGACGAGUGGCUCAUUGCUUUGAACAAACCCCAGGGGGUUUAUUGUGAGACCAUUUUGAGUUCUGUUCAGAGUCUCGUCAACGAUUGUGUUUGUCGAUCAGGUACCCAGUCCAAGAAGACGGAGUUCCAUCUUGCAAAUAGACUUGAUCGGGAUACAAGUGGUGUGAUAUUAGUCACAAAAUUACAUAAAGUGGCUGCAAAGCUUGUUAAGGCUUUCACAGAUCACAAAGUGAGAAAAACAUACAUUGCUAGUUGUGUUGGGCAGGCUCCAAAAUGGAAAAAGAUGACUAUUAAAUCAGGUCAUGGUCGGUCAAAGUUUGGAGCUUGGCGCGUGUAUGCUGCGAAAGAUGUGGGCAGGACGUUACCAGGUGGAUCUUCCGUUAGAGACAUGGAAACUUUAUUUGAAGUGUUAUCAAUCAAUGGUGACCAAUGUAACCAAGAGUCGAGCGAAAUAGAUAUUGUGGUUGAAGAGAAAUCAUCGGUUGAACUUGUGGGAAAUAAAGUUGCGGUUUUGGUGAGGGCGUAUCCUAGAAGUGGAAGGACACAUCAAAUUCGGUUGCAUUGUCAAUAUCUUGGGAUUCCUGUAAAAGGAGAUGUGAAAUAUGAGGGUGUUUAUGAGUGGAAUGGGAGAGUUUAUGAUGGUCAUCAACUUCAUGCCGAGAGUUUGUCUUUUGAGCAUCCUGUGACGGGUUCUUCUAUCGUCAUUAACGCGCCUUUGCCAUCAUGGGCUACUCAAGGUUGAUGGUGUCAUCCUCUUCUAAGUCAGACCGGUUAUCGCGUAUGCGAAACAUGGAUUCAAGGCUUUCCGGUACUGUCUAUUGGCACUCUCUUCAUAUUAGAGUUAGACAUAUUUUUAUUUGUGCACUUGCAAGUUUUUAUUUAAUUAUCACUUAGGGCUGUGAUAGUUAAUCCGUAGAGUGGAUCAAGCUCCAAGAAUUCAAGAAGAGAGGACAAUAUUUGAGGCAAUUUUCUCUAUAUUAAUUCAAUGCAAAGAACAUAAUUUAAA